AUGGCAGCAACAAAUCCGACUACCUCUGAGACGAUGGGUGGCGGCGCGGGAGUCGAUUACGAUGCCUUAGUCGUCGGUGCUGGCUUUGGUGGCAUCCGGAUGCUGCACGAGUUAGGCAAACAGGGUCUAUCCGCCAAAGCAUUCGAAGCAGGAACCGGAGUCGGCGGCACGUGGUACUGGAACAGAUAUCCCGGGGCCAGAACAGACAGCGAAAGCUGGGUGUACAUCAUCACCUUUCUAGAAGAGCUGGGACUGGACUGGGACUGGAAGGAGCGCUUUCCCACUCAGCCAGAAGUGGAAGUCUAUCUCAACCGGGUCACUGACCACCUCGGUCUCCGCAAGAAGAUUGAAUUCAACACCAGAGUGACAGCGGCACACUGGGAUGACUCGAAGAAUGUGUGGAAGGUCACAACGUCAAAAGGCGACACGUACACUUGCACCUUCUUGGUUACCGCGACAGGACCUCUUGCUACUCCGCUGAAGCCGCCUUUCCCCGGCCUCGAAUCCUUCCAAGGCGAAUGGUACCAAACGGGGCUCUGGCCCAAGCACAAAGUUGACUUCGCGGGCAAGCGUGUGGCGGUCGUGGGAACCGGCGCCACCGCUGUCCAGGUUAUUCCCAUUGUCGCGCACAACGCCAAAACCCUCACCGUCUUCCAACGCACGCCGAACUAUGUCCUCCCGGCACGGAAUUAUCCACUCACCGAGGACCAGCAGGUCGCGCUGAGACGUGAAUAUGAAAAGGUGGUGUCACGAGCCAGGGCUCAAGCUUUUGGGAUGGACUUUGUCGACGCGACCCUCAAGUCCACCGACCUAGAGACCGAGGCAGACAUCCAAAAGGUGCUGGAGUUCGGCUGGGAAAUUGGUGGAUUUCGCUUCAUAUUCGAGACCUUUGCCGACAUGCUGACCAACGCCAAAUGCAAUGAAAUGGCCGCCGAGUUCGUGCGCAACAAGAUCCGAUCGAUUGUCAAAGACAAGGAAACUGCAGAGUUGCUUUGCCCGCAUUACACCAUUCUGUCGAAGCGGCCUCCUCUUGGCCAUUUCUACUACGAAGCCUUUAACCGAGACAAUGUGCAGCUGGUCGAUGUCAGUCACGAUCCGAUCCAAGAGAUCACUCCAAACGGUCUGCGCACCGGUAAGAAGGAGUUUGAAUUUGACAUGAUCAUCUUCGCUGUUGGCUUCGAUGCCAUCACCGGGACACUCGCGCAGAUCGAUCUUCGCGGCAGCCAGCACCAGCAGCUCGCGGAGCAGUUGAACAAGGACAUGGCGACCGCGUACGGCAUCACCGCCCCUGGCUUCCCCAACCUGUUCAUGGUGUCGGGCCCACAGGCGCCGUUUGCCAACAUCCCCAUCAUCAUCGACAACACCGUGGACUGGAUCGGCAAGACCGUCUCCUUCAUGCGGUCGAACGGCUAUGGGCGGAUCGACACCAAGGAGGACUAUGCCAAGAACUGGAGCGACCAGGUCGACGCCGCCUUCAACGCCACCGUCCUCGCUCAGGGCGCGAAGGACACACGCUCGUGGUACAUCGGGGCGAAUAAAGAGGGCAAGACGGUGAGGCCGUUGUUCUGGUUCGGCGGCGUGGGUCCGUACUUUGAUCGCUGCCAGAAGGAAAUCGACGAGGGAUAUCCUGGGUUUGAGUUCUCGUCUCCGGAACAGGCCGGUCGGGCCAGGCUCUGA